ACAGUUAGAUAUUAAUUAAAAACAAAAAUCAAAGUGUUAGGUAAAUAAAAUUAUUGUUUUUGCUUAAUUGGUGAAGAUAAAACUGAUGUUAUUGACUAACAACUGACUUCCACAAUAAAUAUAUAGUUUGUAUAAUAAUGGAGUAUUGCUAGGGGAUAAAUUGGGUAUAAUUAAGUGCCUUUUGGUGUAAGUGGAAGAUUACAUAAAAGGAAGUAAUCUAUUAGAAAAUUAGUAGAUUUUUUUUAAAAACAACCUUUAUUCAAUUGAUAAUUAAUAAAAUAAAUUAAAUUGACAGAUAUUCAAUUGAGUUUGUAAAAAAAUGUAAAAAAAGGUGUAAUGUUAUAAAGUGGGAAAAAUGUAUAGAUUGAGAAGAUUAGUAAAAGUUUUAUGUGAAUUUCGUCGCUUUCUUUAUUGGAGAUUUUAAUUUUUAAUUUAUUUUUAAAUAAAAAUCCGCCUAAUUCUUACAUCAAUUUUAUAAUUGCAUCUCUGCUAUCGUCUUUAACAGGUUAAUUUAUCAGCAGAGUUUUCAUCAGUUUCAAUGAGUUUGGAUAACGUUUUGUCGCCUCUGUACGGGCUGAAAGUUGGAGAUUGACGCCUUCCCUCUGUAUAUAUUCAAAACUUCAUCAUUCUAUGCCGAAGGGUUGACGGCUCUGGUUCCGCCCAUUUCAUACCGAAGAAUGGUGCAAUUGCUCACCCUAAAAUUGCACAAUAGCGUACCAUAGGUAUGGAAUCCCAACCACCUCUCGAUUUUCUACAAAAUUCACUAAUCGCCCAAGGCAUUAGUGAACGCAAUUACAAUCCCAGCCCUUACAAUAGCCAUACUAAUGAUGAUUUUCAUUACAAUAAUGUUAUAAACGUAAAUAACUGUGACUUUGAUAAUAAAGAGGUUAAAUUAUCCCAAUUUGACCCAAAACGAUAUCGAAAUAGUGAUACUAUAGAUAAUAAUAAAUUAUGUGAAGAUAAUAAAAGAUUAAAUGAAGAUAAUAAUAAAUUAUAUGAAGAUAAUAAAAGAUUAAGAAAUUGUAAUAUAAGAUUGUGUAGAAAUAGAUUCGGACUUAAAAUUUUGGAAAAAUUUUGUGAAAAAAACGAGUUUGAUUAUGACGUUGAUAAAUGUGACCAUAAAUCUAUCGGAUUCAACAACAGAUUGAUUAGAAUUAAGGAUAAAAUAACUGAAUUAAAUUCUAGAUUAAAUAGAUUUUCCGGUGGAUUGAAUAGAUUCUGUGGUAAGAUUUGGAAGGGGAAUAAAAUUGUCCAAUGUGUAAUAUUCUGGAUUUUAACAUAUAUAAUUUUGGGGCUUUUAAUUCCUGUUAACACUGAUUUUACUGUCGAGAACCUUUCCGUGACCAAAGCAAGGGUAAAUUCUAAAAUCAAACCACUAUUUCUAUCAUUUGCCAAGGCCUCAGUUGAUGAUUCUGUGUAUGCAAGUUACCCAGAUAUGACUUUGGGAACUGAGUUAAAGGUGCCAUCUGGCACUGAACUGAGCAGUGUAGAGGAAGUUUCGCUGUUGGUGUUAGACGUUGAAGGUUUGGCUUAUAGAACAUCAUUGUCGAAGAAGCUGGUUUGGGCAACAAGACUCACUGAGGAUUUGCUCAGAGUUAAGAAACCCAUUCCAACAAAACAUCAAAGACAACAAAUGUGCUCACUAGAAGAUAUUGCGCCUAAUAAUUUAAAUAAAACUAAGAUCAUGACACAUCAGAUUUUUUCAAAUUCAACCUUUUCUGGAAAUGUAAAGUCGAAAACUGAUCCUAAAACUAACAAUAGAGGAAACCACAAUGCUAAUAGUAGUAAUAUGUUUAACAAGUUGAAAGCCCAUUUGGUACCGAGUUAUGACGGUUAUGUGUACUAUGUUGAUGACUAUAACACGAAGUUACUGCAAGUUCAUGUGAAGGAUAUUGUGAAUUAUACGCCGUUCUACACGCCUUUGCUUGAAGGAGUAUAUCUAGAGGGCUCAAGAAAGUCGUUGGUUAUAGCUUUGGACCAGGAAACAGGGUCAUAUAUCACGAGGCAUGACCGCGAAAACGAUACUAAGCAGCCUUUUUCAUUUAAUUACUUGCCCAAUUACUCAGAAGGAGGCAGAGACCAACUGCACAUCGGAGUUACAAACUGGUCAGUCAAAGCCUUUACUGAGAAGGACCACGAACACAUCUGGGAUUUCGAAUGGCUUGAAAUCGGUUCUGUACAAAAUCAAUCGAAUCAACCACUUUUAAACGCACUUAAACAAUCGAUAAGAAUCUCAAAUAACCGUAUUAUUUUCCAAUCCAACACUAUCAAUAUUAAUACAAUUGAUGAUAAUAUCAAAGUUGGUAAUGCGAAUGAUAGUGUGGAUGAUGCUGGUUUUGAUGGGUCAUUAACGUUUCCAUUUCCAAUAACAUCAGUGUAUUAUAUAUAUAAGAGUAAUCGUAGCGGGAUAUAUACCUUGGAGUUGUUAGAAAGGGUACACAUCCCACCACCACCAAACUUUCUCUACAACCAAACCAACUCACUCCUAACUGCAUCAAAUAAGCUGGUUCACAAGUCGCUCUACAUUAGUAAUAACAAUAUAACACUAUUCGAUAAGGGUAUAAAGAAUAUUCAUAUCGAUAAAAAUGCUAAGAAUCCAAUCGAUAAGAGUAUGAAGAAUGUUCCCACAUAUAAAAGAGGUGUGUAUAAAAGUAGUAUAUAUAAAGAUGGCAUAGAAAACGGUAUCAUCGAAAUAGGAUCAUCAGUGAUAAAUAGAAGUAAGUUUAAACUUAAUGGCGGAAGUGGAUUCGGAAGACUAGACAGAACAACCGACUUUGUACUAAGGUGGUGGUGGCUGUUAAUUUCCUGGGUUUUGGCAAUGAUUUUUACACCUAUUUUUUGGGUUUACCGCAGAAUUAAGAACUCAAGAGCUAAAAUGGCAAAUGAAUUGGUGACAGAAUGGCCAGGUUCUCGAACCGAUUUGUCAGACUCGAAAAGUGAACUGUAUGACUCAUCAGACGAGUCAAACCCGGACCCGAACCCAGAAACUCUACGUCAGAGAUUCAGAGAUGAAGACUAUCUAGACGUGUCAAUUGAUCGUAAGCUUUCAAUUGAUAAAUUCUCAAUAGAUGAUAGGCUUUCAGAUGAAAAUGAGAAUUUUAACAAUAUUAGAAGAGUCAGAAGUGAAGGGAACCUUGAACUUUCCUCAAUUAAUGAUGAUUGCUCCGUCUCGGUUUGGAUGGAAGAACGUAGCCUACUAGACGUGAUCACUGAUAAUCGAUUCGAAUUCACCAAGAAAAUUAAUCAACUUAAAUCGCAAAUCUCACCAAUAGAGGAAUCCCCAGAUAUUAAUACCACUAACACCCCUGCUACUACUAACCAUAACACAAACUUUGUUAAUACAAAUAAGGUUAACAUUGUUAAUGCAACUAAUGAGUCUAGUACUACCAAUAAAGUUAAUACUACCAGCAAAGUAUUGAGUGACGUGAAUAAAGUUAAUGCUGGCGGUGUUAAAGAUAAUUUGUUGGUGCGUGAAAAUACAGCUGCAAGCUCGGUAUCAGUGGAGGAAGAGAUGACAUUGAGUGUGAUUCCGCGUAAUAGUGUGUUGAGUAAAUUUCUGGAGAAUGGUCGGUUUUUGAGAACAUUUGAGUGCAUAAAGAUGUUAGGGAAGGGUGGGUUCGGAUCAGUGUAUAGGGCGAGACACAAGUUGGAGCCUGGAAAUCCAGUGUACGCAGUUAAGUUCGUCCUUUUAAAGCUCAAAUCCAGCGAGGAUUUAAGCUCCAGAAGGUACUUUAGGGAAGUGGCUGCAAACAGGGAUAUUUAUAGCAAACACGUGGUGAGGUACUAUACCUGGUGGUGUGAGGAGCCACACUUUCUGCCACUGGCACAAAUGUCAAAUCCGCUUCAAAUGGCUGCAAUCGAUAAUCUGCGUUUCCUUAUACAGAAUGACAUACUCAGGUCAGAUAUUCUAAGCACAGGUGGCUCCUCAACGCUGAAGAACGGCAUGUAUAACAACUACAUAAAGGAGUACCGAGAUAUCAUUUAUCAGUAUAUUAAGAACCCGCAACAAGAUGAUUUCGUCCCCUCGUUUUCUCAAAUUGCACAAAUGAACAAAAAUAAACAUAAACAGUUUUUGAGUAGCUACAAUGCGAAUAGGGAAGGAUAUAUUGAUAUGUAUACUGAGGAUAGUAACAUUCAAUUUAAGGAUACGAAUAAUACAAUGCCCAACACUAGCGGUGUCAGGAACAGCGUCAACUUCGAACUGGAUAACUUGAGACGUGAUCGUAAGCUUUCAAUCAUUAACGAAUAUGAAAACCACAACAAAGCCAAUGAUCAUAAACAGUAUCAAGUUGUUCUUCUCAUACUAAUGGAGAUGUGCAAUGGGUUAACUUUACGGCAAUGGCUUGACAAGACUGAUAGGAUUGUGAUGGAAAACGACUUGAGCAAGAGAAUAGAAUUCAUACUGUUUAAGCAGAUAAUCAAGGGUCUGCGGGACAUUCAUCGGAACUGUUUUAUUCACCGAGACUUGAAGCCUGAAAAUAUAUUCGUAGAUGAUGGCAACAACCUCAAGAUUGGCGAUCUUGGACUAGUGGGUUUCAUCCAAGAAAAUAACUCCACAUCUUACCAACCGAUCAAAACAGUACAACAACAUCUUCUCUCCGAUGCUACACAAGUGAGUGUAAGAGGGCAAGUUAUAGGAACUCCAGGUUAUACGGCGCCCGAGGGAGGUGGGAACUGCACGGAGAAGGUUGAUAUAUACUCAGCUGCUCUGAUACUGUUGGAGUUGCUGUGCCCUCGCUUCAGCACUGUGAUGGAGCGACUGGAAACUCUGGAAAAGUUCAGGAAGAACCACGAAGCCCCGCCCUUCAUUAAGACCCAUUACAAGCCCUGGUACGACUUGAUGGUUCAAAUGGCAGAUAACAAACCAGAAAACAGACCCUCAGCAGACCAAGUCUACACCCAACUCAAAGUUAUACUAAACUCAGAUUUUUCAUAA